AUGUCUGAGAAAAAAGAUUUAAUAAAGGAGGCAUUAAAAAGAAGACAAGGAGGUGGCAAGAGUCCAUCAAAAUCAUCUGAAACUGGAGGUUAAUCGGGAUUAAAUUUCUAUUCAGGUGAUGUCUCAUCUCUUAAAGUUCAACCCAAUACCGUAUUAAUAAUCAGUCUUGUAUAUUUGGGAAUUGUCGUGCUCUUACAUAUAUUUAGCAAACUUAGAUCAGGGGGAACAGAAACUCCGACUGAAGGAGUCUGAUAUAUAUUAAUUAUAGUAAAUUAUCUAUGUACACGUCUUUGGAA